CGGGGAAGUCUCUCGGUGUCCCAGUCAGUUCGUCCGCCGCCGGCUGCACGAGCGUUUCAGCUUGCUCGCGUGCACAGUGUACAGACACGGAGCAGGAUUCGCUGUGGGAUUUAUUACUCGGACCGAGACAACUCCUGGAUUACCAAGUGUCUUUUUGUUCUCCGCUUUGUUGUUAUUUUUUAUAUAUUAUUUAUAUUGUGUGUAUAUAUUUUUUUAUUUUAUUUUUUUUAAUUCUGAGAUUAAGAAACAACCUGCCGUGAUGGCUCGGGUUCCGGAGCAUGUGAGCAAGCUCACUGAAAGUACUUUUAAGAAUGUAAUGGAGCAGUUCAACCCAGGCCUGAGGAACCUGGUCAACCUCGGAAAGAGCUAUGAGAAAUCAGUCACAGCAAUGGCUCUUGCUGGAAAGGCUUAUUUUGAUGCAGUGUCAAAGAUCGGAGAAACUGCUAUCGUGUCUCCAGUCUCCAGAGAGCUCGGUGUGGUUCUGAUGGAGAUUGCAGAAGCCCAGAAGAAGGUCCAUAAUGACCUGGAAGAUAACUUCAAGAGAUUCCACAGAGAUGUUAUUAUCGAGCUGGAGAAGAAGACAGAGAUGGAUGUCAAAUACAUGAACGCCACCUUCAAGCGCUAUCAGUCAGAGCACAAGGUGAAACAGGAAUCCCUAGACCGUUCUCAGACAGACCUGAAGAAGCUCAGGAGGAAAAGCCAGGGAAAGCACUCAUCCAAAUAUGACCUCAGAGAGAACGAGUACUUGCAGACUAUCUCAUCACGCCAGAUGGACAUGCAGAAGUUCAUUGCUGACGGCUGCAGAGAGGCUUUGCUGGAAGAAAAGCGACGCUUCUGUUUCCUGGCGGACAAACACUGCAUGUUCUCCGGUCAAAUUAGCAACUUCUAUGAGAACGCCAAAGAAAUACUGUCGGUGAAGAUCCCCACCUGGCAGGAAAAGUGCAGCGACAUCACCAAGGUGCCAGACUCUGUGGUGAGCAUGAUAGAAGGGCUGUCCGUCGUUCCACAACAAUCACCGCUGGUUGAUCACUGUAACAGGGUCAAUGUGGACUCUGGCCCUCCUCCAGCACCACCCCUCAAAGCUCAGUUCAGCCCACUUGCCAACAUGUUUAAUCAAGAGCCCACAUUUCCAUUUAACUCCUCUUCAGACCACAGCUCAGAUCAGGGCAGUAUUGGAGAUGGCAGCCUGUCGAGAUCUACAUCCCAGUCAUCUGGUUUGAACGUGAGCAAGAAGUUCCGGGUUAGAACCAUUUUCCCUCACACAGCAGGCAACAACGACACGCUCCUGAGCUUCGAUGAAGGCGACAUCAUCACUCUGCUCAUCCAGGACGAGAAGGACGGCUGGUUGUACGGAGAGCUGGAGAAGACGCAGCAGCGGGGCUGGUUUCCCUCAUCUUAUUGUCGAACUUACACUGAGUCGGUGGUAUCAAAUAGUAGUAAUCUAGGCACGCCGGUGCAUCGUCUUAGUACGAUUAGCCUGCCAGAGACUGAGGAGGAGGACGACGAAACAGUGUUGCUGCCACCACCAGACUACAGCGACGACGCCCCCUCCCGCCCAGUCAUCCUCUCAAUGCCUUCGCCAGUAAACACGGUUUCUUUAGUCAACGGGACUCCAAAGGCUCCUUUUCUUGCAGGAGGGAACCCCUUUGCCAUGGUCAAGCUGAAGCCGACUGUCACAAAUGACAGAUCUGCACCACUCAUCUAACUCUAAGCUUAUUAGGGUGGUGGGGGGGUUCUUCACCGCUGUUAUGCCUUCAGGGGACUCUUGUACUGGAAUCAUACAACCCCCUCUGCGACACACUGACUAUCUCCCCAACCCAACAUCUCACUAGCCUGCAUGCUAGUUUUUUUUUCCUCAGUACCAGCGCGUGUUUUAUCAUCAACAAAAUGAACAUUUAGACUUCCCUCUGAUCCAUAUCAUUUUAGUAAAAGUAGCAUUUAAAUUGGUGAACGUGUUGCAUUUCCUGUGGCUGCUUUGCAGUGAAAGCCGCCAUGUGAUCUGCAGUGCCAUUAGAAAGUAUUUGCUUUACGUUGUUUACCAGGAACUUAAUAUGACUGCUGAUACUGAGCGGAGACAGAAAACUGUAAACAGUGAGGCUGUUAUCAAAGUAAUCAAAUUGUACUGAAUUGCAGUCAUGCGUCUUUAAAGCAGUCCAGAGAAAUCCACUAGAAGAUUUUCCUCUGUCACUACCAGGAAAAAGUGCACAUACACAGCUACUCCAAGUAAACAGGUUGAACGACCAUUGCUUUUUACUCCUCAGUCGUAAAAGGCUGAUGGGGUAUUGUGUCUACAAAAUUGUUGUUACUGAUAUGCUAUUUGGUAGAUGAAGUCUUUGUUUUCAUUUUGGAAUGAACCAGUCUCUUUAUUGCUUUGUAAGACACUCGGUCAGGCUUGUUUCAAUGAAAAAUGAUGAGAUCCAGAUGUAAACCUUUGCUACCUGAUACUGAGGAAACAGACAAGCAUACAGGUUGUCUUCCUGACUUGCCAAAAUAUCUGUAUCUUUAGUUCUUUCUUUUUUUACUAGUUAUUUUACUAGUUUUGUUUUUUUGUUUUUUUUUUAAUUUGUCGAGGUAUUUAGUUGUGAGAAUGAAGGGAGAGUGAUAUUGGGAAAGAAGGGGUUUGUCAUUGGAUUAAAGGCAAAAACACUAAGUCACAGUUUUGAAUGACAAAGGUAUUUAUAUAUAAAAUAAGUUUGUAUGAAAUAUUUAAUAAAUCUGUAAACAAAAGUCAGACACAGCAGUCACCACGCUCAGUCCGAGCCAUGGAUGCUACUUUCUUUUGUUGUUGUUGUUUUUUUUUUUGUUUUUUUUUGUUUU